AUGUCUAUCACGAAGGAUUCUGAACAGCCACGAGAAACAAGAGACGAAGCCUUUAGUGUAUCCAGAAAAAUUAUAAACCUAGAAUUUAUGAUACUAACCGAAAUUUGGAGUUGCAUAUUGGAAAGAAUAGACAAAACAAGCAAUAAUCUUCAGAAAAAAACAAUAACACUAGACAUUGCAACUAAUUUGUUAACUUCACUUGAUGAUUAUAUUAAUAACCUCAGAGAUAAAUUUGAUGACUUCGAAUCGUCCGCCAAAGAAAAAAAUCCGGAAUCUGAUUACAAGGAUCUAUCUCAAAGAAAAAGAGUUAAAAGCUCACGCCAGAGUUUUUUUGAUGGCUCUGGAUCAUCUGUUCAACUGUAUGGAAAAGAUAAAUUUAAAGUAGAAACUUUUUUUCCAAUAAUUGAUACCCUGAGUGUGCAUUUAAAACAGCGGUUAAGUUUGUACAAGGAUAUUAAUCAGCGGUUUGGUUUGUUUUUCAGAUUGAAAACUCUGAGUUCUACAGCGUUGAGACAAUGUUGCAAAGAAUUCGCAAAAAUCUAUUACGAAGAUGUUAAUGAGGCAGAGUUGGAAAUGGAAUGUUUACAUUUAAAAGAAUACUUGGAGCAUGUUAGUGAAAAUGAAGAAACUGAUAAUAUAUUAAAAAUUUCAUUGAGAAUAUUUUUAAGCAUGAUGGUAACUAACUGCAGUGGAGAACGCUCUUUUUCCAAAUUGAAGCGAAUUAAAAAUGAAUUAAGAAGUACAAUGCUACAAGAAAGAUUGAACAGUUUGUCGUUGAUGUCAAUAGAAUGUGAUAUGCUCAAAAACAUAGACUUCAAAGAAGUAAUUGACGAUUUUGCCAAUUUUAAAUCUAGAAAGGUAUUUUUUCAAUAA